AAGGUACGGUUCCCGACCGUUAGCCACCAUCUUUACUAUUCUUCCUGUCCGCUAUUAACAGUAAAGAUCCAAUGGCUACCGAGACUCGCAGCCAAGAUGGGUGCUGGUCUUGCAGGCUCCGGAAGAAGAAGUGUGACGAAAGGCGACCAAUAUGUACGGAUUGCAUAUGCCUGGGCCUCGAUUGCCACGGGUUUGGUACAAGGCCCGCCUGGAUGGACCGUGGUGCUCGACAAAAGGCACAAACGGCGAAGAUGAAGCAGAAGGUGGCACAGCUGACUAAGAAUCGACGGAACAAACAGGUGCGAGCCCAAGUCGAUUGGGCAGCUAAGCAACCGCCAGAUUCCCACACAGAAGGUUCCAACAGCCGAAUCGACGUUCCUGAUACUUCAAACGGCAUGCUCAUAGACCAUGAAUCCAGCUCUCUCACACAGACCUUCGGCGACACGUCCCAAGACGAGUUUGCAAGGAGUCGGCUCGCAGAAGCUCUUGAAGAAGAUGUUCAAAUCACAAAUGUCGCAGAUCCUCUUGUUUCAUCGGAUGAUUCCGGCUCACAAACAAUGUUCGAUGAUAUGACGUUCUUAUCCGGAUAUCAUGCUCCUCUCGAGGAGAUGGACUUUCUUUCUGAGCAGAACUUUGACCUACUAGAGCUCGAGCCCAUCCUGACAGGGAACGUGCACAUGGCACAAGGUACGGCUGGGCUGGGCGUUGCGGAUGACCUUUGCGGCGGCUACCUGUUGCCCGAGAGUCAAACCAGCACAGCCUACCCACCGCACGGGACUUCUGCAAGCAUGCUUCCCAUCACCGAUAUAGAGGACGCGAUGUUGCUAGCCUACUGCAUGGAAAAUGUCUUCAACUGGCAGUUCCCUUUCUGCUCGACACCCGUGAGCGGCCUUAGCCAAGGGUGCUUCAUAUGGCUCAUGUCCAAGUCACGACCCUUUUAUCUGGCAUCUCUCGCAUUGAGCAGCUCGCACAAGAGCCAUCAAAGAGCGGUAGAAGAGCCUUGCUCGAAACUACGGUACGAAGACCACGCCGGAAGAUACGAUGUGGCAAUGGAAGAGUUUAAUCGCAAUCUGAGAGCGCCCAAAGCUGCCGAUGAUAUAUCGAUGCUGGCCUGCACCGUUUCAUUCAUCUCCUCCAGUCUCCUCCACGGCGACAAAGUCGACUGGACCUCCCACCUGAGAGCGGGCACGUCGCUGAUUGCCCCCUGGAUCGCCCAGGCAUGGCCCGAGACAAUCUCGGGGUCUCACAGAUCUCCCGAGGAGUCCUCGAGAGAUUUCUUCAUUAGUUCAAUAAUACGUAUCGACGUUUUAUCAGCCAUCAACCAAGAUAGUGCUCCAGGACUUUCCCACAACUACAAGGAGUUGUUCAAAUCCACCUCCCAGAAAUUCUUUCUUGAAGCAGUUUGCGGCUGUAACAACUGGGUCUUCGAAGCACUUCUCGACGUUUAUUUACUGCGGGACUGGAAGAGAAAAACGAGGGCAGCAGGCCUCCUGAGCCUGUGGGAACUGACAUCCAAAGCAAAUACAAUCCAGGUAGAUCUUGAGAAGAGAAUGGCCAGCAAUAUGAUACUCUUGAGUAAAAGCAAAGAGGAUCUUAAACAGCAGAAAGACAGACCCCUGCAGUCUGGUCAGUGUCAUUACGAUAUAUACGUUGUCAACCAUACCUUUGCCUGCGCCGUGUCCGUUCUCCUGGAGGUCAUUGUGUCGGGUGCGCAUCCGCGAUUGCCAGAGGUUAAACAGAAAGCUGGGCGCGCUCUCGAAGCCCUGGCAGAUAUAAAAGACGCGAGGCUCCUCGAGGUAAUAGGCUGGCCGCUCUUCGUCGUGGGGUGCGUCGUCGAAGAGGAGUGGCACGGCUUCUUCCGACAGCUGCUUUCAUCCCAGAUGAGAAACUCUGUUAGACACUGUGGUCUCCUCGAUUUACUGGAGGAAUGCUGGAAAUCAAGAGUGUCUGGCGAGGUAAAGGACGACACUUUCGACUUCUCUCAUCUACGGGUUCACAAGUCGCGAAAUGUUCUCAUCGUGUGAUGGAGAAUUCCGGCCACAGGUAAUAAGAUUAGAAAGAAAGCCAUUUCCUGCGCGACUGAUAUGUUGAUAUACGAUAAAGAUCAUGUAGAUAGCUACGAGUCAAAAACAGCUGGGCUAGACAUGGUGUGAUCGAAAAUACGGCACAUAAUGGCCUGAUAUACCGUAUUUUCUCGUGAAGAAGACGCAACAAUAAAUUAGCUUCCGCAGUCUCAAAUCCAAAACGAUGAUUGGCU